UUAGGAGCAAAAAAACCCUCUCCUUCCCUUCUAAGGUCCCUAUCUCUCCCUUACAAAAUGGCCAUUCCCUGCUCUUCCACCACCAUUUCCAUUACUUGCACAACCCACAACUCCAUUCACCAUGAAUUCACUCUCUGUGCGCUUCCUUUCAGCACCAACUGUACCCUCUACCUCUCAAUCAUGGACCGGAACAAGGCUUCUUGCUGUUCCUUCUACUGCUCCUUCUGUGUCAGUGGAUGUGGAUUCAGCGAGGGUGGAGCCAAGAGUGGAGGAGAGAGAUGGGUAUUGGAUCUUGAAGGAGAAAUUUAGGGAGGGUAUCAAUCCUCAAGAGAAAGUCAAGAUUGAGAGGGAACCCAUGAAGCUUUUCAUGGAAAAUGGGAUUGAGGAGCUUGCUAAGCUAUCAAUGGAAGAGAUUGAUAAGACUAAGGCCACUAAGGAUGAUAUUGAUGUUAGGCUCAAGUGGCUUGGUCUCUUUCACAGGAGGAAGCAUCACUACGGUAGAUUUAUGAUGAGACUGAAGCUACCAAAUGGUGUAACAACGAGUGAACAAACUAGAUACCUUGCUAGUGUGAUAAGGAAAUAUGGGAAGGAUGGGUGUGCUGACGUCACAACCAGGCAAAACUGGCAAAUUCGAGGUGUGGUGCUGCCUGAUGUGCCAGAAAUACUUAAGGGUCUCACUGAAGUUGGCUUGACGAGCUUGCAGAGUGGGAUGGACAAUGUGAGAAACCCAGUUGGGAAUCCUCUUGCGGGCAUUGACCCACAAGAGAUUGUUGACACAAGUCCUUACACCAACUUGCUGUCCCAAUUCAUCACUGCCAACUCACGUGGCAAUCCAGCUUUCACUAACUUGCCAAGGAAGUGGAAUGUAUGUGUGGUGGGAUCUCAUGAUCUUUAUGAGCAUCCUCACAUUAAUGAUCUUGCUUACAUGCCUGCCGAAAAGGAUGGACGUUUUGGAUUUAAUUUGCUGGUAGGUGGGUUCUUUAGUCCAAAGCGAUGUGCAGAAGCAAUUCCUCUUGAUGCAUGGGUUUCAGCAGAUGAUGUGCUUCCCUCUUGCAAGGCAGUACUAGAAGCUUACAGAGAUCUCGGCACCAGAGGGAACAGGCAAAAAACUAGAAUGAUGUGGUUGAUCGAUGAACUGGGCAUCGAAGGAUUCAGGGCCGAGGUCGUCAAAAGAAUGCCUGGACAAGUGCUGGAGAGAGCAUCGGCUGAAGAUAUGAUUCAAAAACAAUGGGAGAGGAGGGACUAUCUUGGUGUCCAUCCCCAGAAACAGGAAGGUUUUAGCUAUGUUGGUCUUCACAUUCCAGUUGGCCGAGUCCAAGCAGACGACAUGGAUGAGCUAGCUCGUUUAGCCGACGUAUAUGGCUCGGGAGAACUCAGGCUCACUGUGGAGCAAAAUAUCAUCAUCCCCAAUGUUGAAAAUUCGAAGCUUGAAGCCUUGCUCAAUGAACCUCUAUUGAAAGAGAAGUUUUCACUUGAACCCUCCAUACUCAUGAAAGGGUUAGUAGCAUGUACUGGUAACCAGUUCUGUGGACAAGCCAUUAUUGAGACAAAGGCUAGGGCCUUGAAAGUAACGGAGGAGGUUGAGAGACAAGUGUCAGUGACUCGUCCGGUAAGGAUGCACUGGACGGGCUGCCCAAAUACCUGCGGACAGGUGCAAGUGGCCGAUAUCGGGUUCAUGGGGUGCAUGGCAAGGGAUGAGAAUGGGAAGCCUAGUGAGGGAGUGGAUGUGUACCUGGGAGGUAGAAUUGGCAGUGACUCACAUUUGGGAAAUCUUUAUAAGAAGAGUGUUCCUUGCAAGAACUUGGUGCCUGUGGUUGUUGACCUUUUAGUGAAAAACUUUGGUGCCGUUCCUCGAGUGAGGGAAGAGAUGGAGGAUUGAUACAAGUCCGUCCUUUUUUUAACUUAUCCUUGUAAAUCUGAAGGGCCUCUACCAGGCAUCUGGAGGAAGAAAUAUGAGGAAAUUGAUAAGCUGCUUUUAGGACACACUUUGAACAAUUGGAGGACUCUGGUUGAAAGGUGGAAGAAGUUAUAUGAGGUUCUGUUGCUUCCUAACAUGUCUGUUUUCAAUCGUGGGUGUGUAGUACUAGUAGGAUUUGUGGCCCAAUUGAGGUUGAAUCAAAAUAUAAAGUAAUUUUUAUGUUAAAAUUGUCAAUUGAAAUUAAUAAAAAUGUGAUGGUAGUCACUGUAAGUAAUGUAUUUUUUUUGGCAGCACAAGGCAAGAUUUUCCUGAAAAAAGGGGAAACUA